AUCCGGGGUUCGGACAAGGAUGAACGCCAAUUUCCAAGAUGGCGGCGGAGGGAGGAGGGAAGGAGAUGAACGAAAUUAAAACUCAAUUCACCACACGAGAAGGUGUCUACAAACUCCUCACUCACUCCGAAUACAGCCGCCCGAACAGGGUGCCUUUCAACUCGCAGGGCUCCAACCCCGUCAAGGUCUCCUUCGUCAAUGUAAACGACCAGUCCGGCAACGGCGACAGGAUCUGUUUCAAUGUGGGCCGGGAACUGUACUUUUAUAUCUACAAAGGCGUGAGAAAGGCUGCUGAUCUCAGUAAGCCAAUAGACAAGCGGAUAUACAAAGGAACGCAGCCCACGUGCCAUGACUUCAACCCGAUCACGGCUACGGCGGAGAGCGUCUCCCUGCUGGUGGGCUUCUCGGCUGGCCAGGUGCAGCUCAUCGACCCGAUAAAGAAGGAGACGAGCAAACUCUUCAACGAGGAGAGACUCAUAGACAAGUCCCGGGUGACGUGUGUGCGAUGGGUGCCGGGCUCGGAGAGCUUGUUUCUGGUCGCUCACUCCAGUGGCAGCAUGUAUCUGUACAACGUGGAGAACACCUGCGGCACCACGGCGCCUCACUACCAGCUGCUGAAGCAGGGGGAGAACUACGCCGUGCACACCUGCAAGAGCAAGUCGGCCCGCAACCCGCUGCUGCGCUGGACGGUGGGCGAAGGGGCGCUCAACGAGUUCGCCUUCUCCCCGGACGGCAAGUUUCUGGCCUCCGCGAGCCAGGACGGCUUCCUGCGGGUGUUCGGCUUCGACGCGGCGGAGCUCCACGGGACGAUGAAGAGCUACUUCGGCGGCCUGCUGUGCGUGUGCUGGAGCCCGGACGGACGGUACAUCGUGGCGGGCGGGGAGGACGACCUGGUGACGGUCUGGUCCUUCUCCGACUGCCGGGUGAUCGCGCGCGGCCACGGCCACAAGUCGUGGGUGAGCGUGGUGGCGUUCGACCACUGCACCACGAGCGUGGAGGACGGUGACCCGCCCGCCGAGUUCAGCGGCAGCGACGAGGAGUUCCACGAGCAGAUUCACUUCGGCGCGGGCCGAGACAGGGCGAACAGCUCGCACUCGCGGCUCUCCAAGAGAAACUCCACGGACAGCAGGCCCGUCAGCGUGACCUACAGGUUUGGCUCGGUGGGCCAGGACACCCAGCUGUGUCUGUGGGACCUGACGGACGACAUUCUUUUCCCUCACCUCCCUUUGUCCCGCACUAGGACUCACACUAAUGUCAUGAGUGCCACAAGCCCUCCAGCCACUGGACAAACUACUGCUACUACGACGACGACGACGCCGGCGACAACAACCGCGACUACUACUACUACUACUACUGCUGCUGCUGCGCCCGCCGCCGUGGCCGCCACUUACCCCGGUGGCGCCAAUGUUAAAGACAAUACGAGCGCCAGCGGCAACCCGCCCAACUCCCUCCCCGGCACCCUGCCUCGGUCCAACAGCUUGCCACACUCCUCCAACCCAACAGGGGGCAGCACCCCCAACAGUCACACAGGCAGCAACAGCAGCUCCACCACCAACGCCGCCGCCACCCCGACCCCGACCCCCACCACCACCACCACCACCACCUCCACCAAGGCCAACAGCAUCAUCGACAGCGCUUUCAUCGCCACCGGCGUCAGCAAGUUCGCGACCCUGUCGCUGCACGACUCGCGCAAGGAGCGCCACGAGAAGGACCACAAGCGCAACCACAGCAUGGGCCACAUCAGCAGCAAGAGCAGCGACAAGCUCAACCAGCUGAGCUCCACGCGGACGGCGAAGGCCGAGGCCGCCAAGACUCUGGGCACCACGCUGUGCCCGCGCAUGGAGGACGUGCCGCUGCUCGAGCCGCUGGUGUGCAAGAAGAUCGCUCACGAGAGACUCACUGUGUUAAUCUUCCUCGAGGACUGUCUGGUAACAGCCUGUCAGGAGGGUUUCGUUUGCACAUGGGCUAGGCCCGGGAAAGUGGGUUUGCUAUCAUCUCAAAACAACCCGGCCAACUCCCCCAGUGGAACAGUAGUAUAGCCCCAGUGCUGGUGCUGCUAAUGACAGCUCCAUGCAACAGAGACGGGGACGACCGAGGCCACGGUCCUGCAGCGCUUCUUCACAUAACUGUCACACACCACAUGACCUCCAGUGUCCCCCCCCCCCCGUCAUUCUCAUCGCGACAGGCAUCCAGACGCUCUAUCUAUCUAUCUCUCUCUCCCCUCCCCCCCCCCCCCUGCCCCUCCCCAGUCACCCCCCCCCCCCCUUUCUGUGUUACUGCUCGUGCUCAGAUAGCCGACGUGGGCCGAGCCUCGGUUAGAAGCUCGACGUCCUGUUGUCUGGGCGUGGAAGAAAAAAAAAAAAGGGUGCUAUUGGAAGUAAGAUGGCAAGCUUUAAAUCACCCAGGAGGUAUUAUGGGAGGGACUUGCUGUCUCAUUGUACCAUUGUGUGGUCAUAUCAAGUCGUGUCUAGUCUGAAAAUAGCAAACUCUAGUACCCGAUCCUUUGUGCCUGUAGACCUUUAAUGACUAGAUAUGCUGUAGGCAUUGUGCCGAUGCCUCAGCCCUAACCUAUAUUUUUUUUUUUUUUUGUGUGUGGGUUUAAUUUGGAGAUUUCUCCUAAUAUUUUGUUUCUUCAAACGUAUUCACUUGGGGAAAAGGUGGAAUUGGUAUGAGGGGGGGAUUGUUUUCGGAGCAGCAGCCACAACUCUUUUCAUUUCUCACUUCCUGGGCGAUCUCUUGAGCAGCCGACGCCCGUUCAAGAGAAACGGAGCGUUUCACUUCCUUCAGAAAUGUUUUAAUCAGUAGAAUCACACUUUAAAGUGUAUUUGCACAAAUUUUUUUCUUUCCUUCUUGAUGCUUUUUUGUUUUUUCCCAUUUUGAAAAAGAAAAAAAACAUUGCGGCUGUGGAACACAGGCAGAAUAUACUGAAGACCGCUCUGGAAGCACUUGUGGAAACGGCUUCGUGUUGCCCUCUGUCUCAACGCUGGAUGCUGCAAUCAUAGUUUUUUAUAUGGAAAAAAAAUUGUUUGCACUUAGUAGUUUGUUAGAGGAGAAUGGCUUUACAUUUUUUGGAGUGUGUAAGGACUCCUUGACAAGGUUGAAAUAUAUAAAUAGAAUUUAAAAAGAAACCUUUGUAUCUAUUGAACAUUUAUUUUAAUAUUGUUUCAGAUUAAAUGGGCUCUGUAAUAUAUGUAAAUACUGUACCACAAUGAUUUAUGGGUGAAAUGAUCAUUAUUACUUUAGUUCAAAGAUCCUUAUUUCAGAAAAUAGUGAUAUUUCUAAUACAGAAGAUCUAUACCUAAUAUUAAAUGAACCUUGAAUAUGCAGGUGAACAUGUUUCUUUUCUGUUGUACAUAAAGAGAAUUCAGGUGUAUUUUUAUUAACGAGACGUUUGGUAUAGGAGACAGCUAUGAAGUCCUCUUAAAUAACAGGUAGUGCUGAAUGCUGCAGAUAUUCCUUUUACAACGUAGGCAGGCAGGCGCAGAUGCAGCUGUCUUAAUUCAGCCAUCACUCCGAGCUCAGGUAAACCACAGGAAGAAUUUACGCUGCCCCCGUCCCCCCCCACCCCCCACCCCCUUCCCCAUUCCCCCCCCAACCCUCACCCACUAGUUCCAUCCACCAACAUGUGUGUGUGUGUGUGUGUGUGUGUGUGAAUUCACUGUAAAAACUAAUAAGACCCGACGACCAUGUGCUGCAGACGGGGCUGCGAUCUGUUUGAGUCCUUUUUGUGAGUAAGUUACUGAAACUCGAUGCCGAACAAACAUUUGACACUGUGUUAAAAAAAAAGAACAACAACAACAACUAACUGACGUCGGCACUCGAUGGCGUGCGUGCUUGAGGAUUUUUUUUUCUUCUUUUUCUUUAUUUCAAACACCCAAAUAGCAAGACUGAGGAUAUUAACAGUGGGAGCCUCCCCCCUUCUUCUUCCUCCUCCUCCUCCUCCCCCCCCCUCCCAUGUGACGCCUAUUAAAACAGCUUUGACAGAUUA